UAUUUUCUUCAAAUAUAUUUUGAGUCGUCAUUUCCGUGGGGAGUUUGUUUCCUGGGCAGGAUUGCCGAACACUCAUAACCAAUGAGACUACAACAUUUAAUGUGAACACUUAAAUAACAACUAGCUGCUAUUAAUACCAGUCAGUCUUAUCAAUACCCUACCUCCAUAUGGUGUUUGUAUAUUUCCACAAACCUACCCAUGACAAACCGUUUUACAGGGAUAAAAAUAUAUUCAUUGAAUAGCCAUUACUGGUUCCCUCGAAGCCGUUUGUUCCAGAGUUGCUUAUUAUUAACAAAGUUUUCAUUUUAUGUUUGCAGGAAACAGAAGGGAUGGAGAAACAAAUAGAUGUUUUGUCUGAUGAUGCUUGGAAGAAACAGAUUGAAUAUCUCCUCAGGGAUUUCAGUGUGCUGAAAAUAUUUAGUUACAAACUGGAACAAACAUGGCGUAUAUCUGUUCGUCCGCUACGCCAUAGUCUGGAGGUCAAGCCACUUUGGCUUACAACAAGCAAGGCCUUGGGCGGCUUCGGGCAACUCUCUGCCCCACACAAGGCUCAGUUGUCAGACCUACAUGAGGGAAUGAGACUAAGGAAGAAUAUGUUUCCUCUUCUAAGAUCGGUCAUGAUCAAAGAUAAAACGCUUCAAAUGUAUCACGAGGUUAAAAUGGCCCACUUGAGGAAUGCUUUGGGUAAAAAAGAAUACACAGAAUGGAAACACAAUUUUACGAUGGAUGGACAUGUCGAAAGUCCAGGAAUUGAGCAACAAAUGGAGAGGCUUCACUUUGAGUCAGGGAAGGAAGGAAGAGAAUCCGACAUUCAACCAGUACGGAAGGAAGGUAUCCAGACAACCGAAUUGGAAAUAGAGCCACAGGACACAGAUGGAAAAGAUCUUGAAAGCCGCUGGGGAGAAAUCGACAAGCUUAAUCACGAUCUGGACAACCUACUGAAGGACAGGGAUCAUAGAAAAGAAAAACUCCACAAAUUAUACACGGUGGAGUGGCAGGCAACAAUGGAGUACCUGACUCGACACACGACGGUCUUAUCUGUGUUAGACAUAGAGGUACCAGGUUUUGAUGUUCUGUCUGGUUCCAUAACGUCACAAUCUGACAACACGAGUGAUGGUCGAGGCCACAAUAAAGAACAGGAAUCUAAAGGACACACAAGAGUUCCCGUUCUGAUUCACCAGCUGAGGCAAUACCAACAGGGACGACUGACAGAAAACCACCUGGCUGCAAUUGCAUUGAAGAUAAUCAGGGAAAACGAGCAGAAACUCACGGAACUGAAAGCAAAGAACGAUAGUCUGGAAAAAGACUAUGGAAGCGCUGUACACAUUGUUGGACUGACAUGUCAACCUAGACUGGUUUCGUGUCCUAAACGUCACCUGGACGCGGCUCGGGCCAACACAGACGUGUGCCACGUAACUACAGACGGUGAGCUGGUCAACUCGUCGCGCUACACACGGGAUGAGGGGCGGAACAGACUACAGGAGUACGUGGGGACCUGUAGCUCCCCCAUCCCCCUUCCUCCACCCCCCUCCACACUCACCCUCCUCCCCACCACACCAACAUACUGGGAGACAAAGACCAGGGUGCGGGUGGUGAGGGGAGUGCCGUGGAAUGUCCUGGAGAUGGGGGUGUGCCAGGCAGGACAGGUGGACACAGGGUUGUGGGUUUCUCUACAGCGUCGCUCCUGGUGUGUCCGUGUAGAGAGAUAUGGCAGUCACGGGAGGAGUCUCUGUACCGCGGUGUAUCGGGAGGGGGAGCGGGGCGAGUGUCACCAGAACACCAUGUCCCGCACUCCCGGCACACAGGCCACCCUCCACUAUGGCGUGGUGCUGGAUGUGGGGAGGGGUAGAGUGGCCUUCAUUGAUUUGGACAGGGGGAUUGUUCUUGUCAAGUAUGAUGAGGUGUUCCGGGAACCUCUUGUCCCCAUGUUUAGUGCUGGGAUGGCGUUUGCUUGCUACACUGCGGCGAUGAGUCUGAUCAGCGGGGGGGACGUCGACAUGACAGACGCCAAGAGGGCCCUCGUCUACCAAGCGCUGAGAUAGGAAAUAAACUGCUUCUGUAAAGUUGUCCGUGUAACUGAGAUAUUUCUAUCAACUGUUCAAUGACAGGCGGGGAAAGUCAGUGAAGCGGACAUAGAAGUGUUCGGUGUGUGUUCUGUUUGUUUUGUACAAAAUACAACCAAGUUCUUCACAUGUCUGGUUUCACUACUUUCCUGGUUUCUCCUGGAUUUGGAAAUUAUUUUAAAUACUCACACGAAUAUUGUUGUGAUGGAAUUAUUGCUGUAGUUGCUGAAAUUAUGCCACAGCAACAAUUUUUUGAAAUGUGAUGUGAAACAGAAGAGAGUACAUGGGCAAAAUGUAAAAAUUGUUUCAAAACACGAUUUCUUCUGCUAAUAUUGAUUUAUUAUGAUAAAACAAUUGUUUUAAAUACUCACACGAAUAUUGUUAUAAUGAAAUAAUUGCUGUAGUUGCUGAAAUUAUGUCACAGCAACAAAUUUCUGAUAUGUCAUGUGAAACAGAAGUGAGUGCACAGACAAAAUGUAAAAAUUGUUUCAAAACACGAUUUCUUCUGCUAAUAUUGAAUUAUUAUGAUAACACAAUUGUUUUAAAUACUCACACGAAUAUUGUUAUAAUGGAAUUAUUGCUGUAGUUGCUCAAAUUAUGCCACAGCAACAACUUACUUAAAUGUGAUGUGAUACAAGUGAGAACUUGCAGUGACAAAAUGUAAAAAUUGUCGCCAAACACGAUUUCUUCUGCUUAUAUUGAUUUAUUAUGAUAAAACAAUUCUUUUAUAUACUCACACUAAUAUUGUUAUGAUGAAAUUAUUGCUGUAGUUGUUGAACUUAUGUCACAGCCUCAACUUUCUGAGUACAGAGACAAAAUGUAAAAAUUCUUCCAGAAGAUGAUUUCUUCUGCUUAUAUUGAUAUAAUACUACAAAACAAUUGUUUUAAAUCCAUACAUAAUAUUGUUAUUAUUAAAUUAUGGCUGUAUUGGCUGAAAUUAUGCUACAGUAACAUCUUCUGAUGAAAUGUGAUGUGAGGUAUGUCGCAAAGAAGCGAGUGUACAGACACAAUGUAAAAAUUGUUUCAAAACAAAACAGUUUCUGCUUAUAUUGAUUUUAUAUGCAAAAAUAAGGUUUUUAAAUUCACACAUAAAACUUGUUGUAAUGAAAUUAUUGCUGUAGUUGCUGAAAUUGGUACCUCGCCACUAUCUGGUCUGACACAGAAAUGAGUGUCCCGACGAAAUAUUAAAAUUGUUUCCAAACAAAAUUUCUUCUGCUUAUGUUGAUUUAAUACAGAAAAUAUUUGUUUAAACCCACACAUGAAUCUUGUAGUGAUGAAAUUAUUGCUGUAUUUGCUGAAACUAUUCCACAUGGUUAUUCGUUGCUUUUGCUGAAGCUUGUGCACACACAACAUAUAAACAUUCUCUCAGAACAAGAUGUUUGUGAAGGUGUGAUACUGUAAAAUAAAUAUGUUAAAUCCAAACAUGAAUAAGUUAUAUUAAUGACAUGGUUACUGCUGUCAUGGCUGAAACUAGGCACAUUUGUAAUUCUCUUGUAUUUGAUAUUCAUGACUCAACAAUGUCACCAUAAGUAAAAAACAAGAAAGAAAAAACAGCUUCUCUAUUCAUAUAAUGCCAAUAGUGGCCAAUUAAUUGCCAAUGUCGACCCGAUGUAGGUGUGCUAGCUGGGACAGGAUCAUGAUGAUAGAAUGUUUAUUAAAAAGAGUUCAUGAUUAACGUAUUCUUCGAAAGAAGAGACUUGACUCAAAACUUCCUCUUUUAAAAUUAUAAAAUAUUUUAUGACAUGGUAAAAUGUUGCAUGUAACUCAGCAAGACAGAAGAUUUUGAAAUAUUACUUCAGAUUCCAUUAUUUCUUAGUCAUAAUGUUUUCAUUAUGUUAAAUAACUGUUAUAUCACCUAUAGCUUAUUUUAAUCAGGGUGUACUGGUGGUCCAGUCCCCUCACAGGCCAUAGCUCACCGUGCAGACGUUGAUCAUGGGUUCUAACUUCAGAUUAGCCCCAUCUUCCUGAGGCAAGGGAGUUAACAGUUUUCACCCUUGCCAAACUAGGCAGGAAUUCCACAGUUACGAGUCUAUGCAUAGGCCAAUCAAAAUCGUGUAAUGAACUAGUCAUCAUGGAUUUCAACGUGCAGAUUUCGUUGACUGCAAGAUGUGCAAAGCAUGUGCACUGCCAACUUGGCAGCGACAAACGAUUUUUGCAAAUCUUUUCAUGUUUUUAAUUAAGGUACUCAACGGGUGGGAACAGGACUUUAUAGUCGGUUAACUCCCUUGCCUCGGGAGGAGGGAUUAUCCCUGAUUAUGAUUCUUGGUUUGGCAGCACCAUACCUGUGUUCGUUGGGAGAACAUUAGUGAUAAAUGUCUAAGGAAUGCAUCAUUUUAGGCGUUUCCCCUACAUUAAGCUGAGACGCCAUGAUAGGACCGAAAUACUGUCGAAAGCUGCAUUAAACCAACCUGAUUAACCAGGUUUCACUGUAUGUACAACAGCUUACCACAAUGUAACUUUGGACACAAUAUUAUAAACGUUAGUGCAAACCAAUAUUGUAUGGUUGUACAAAUCCAAUUUGAUUGAGUGUUUAUUUCACCUGGUGACAUUCAUCUAUGUAUUCAUCGGUGUAAUUUGUAUGUUGCAUGUAUGCUGUGUUAAUCCUAGCCCAUGUUGUCUGUAUAUGUGGAUGAAAUUGCAGUCUCACGAUUAAUAGACACAAAACUUAUUGUCAUUAUAUGUCAAGUGUUUAUUUAAAUAGAAUGACAUAUCUGAUUAUCCCUAUCAAACGUUAUACAAAUAUGUAUAUUUUUAUUUGUGCAUAGCUAUGAAUUAGUAAUUAAAUCAUAUGAAUCUCA